ACAACAACAACAGCAGCAGCAGCUUCAUCAGCACCAGCAAAGAUGAUCUGCUCAAGUCUGCACUUCCAUCGUACGGCUACAGCCUCCCGCCUUUGCAAGACAUCAUGUCGGUGUCUUCACCGUCUUUGCCGCCACAGCUCUCGCCACCUUCGGAAGACGAAGACUUUCCGAGCCGCAAAGGCUCUAUUGCCUCCAUUCUGAACUCCGCACCGGAACUGCGCCAGCUAGACGAAGAGGAAUUCCGCAGCGGCUAUCAGUCGCACUUUAACGACACGUCGUUGAAACGCGGUCGUCCUCGUGUCGUGGAUCAGCAGCAGCAGCCGCUUCAGACAGCAGCCAAGAGACGCAGGUGCCAUGACCAUCCCCAGCAGCAGCCGUCACCCCCUUCUGAGCCAGUCCCUCGGGCGAAUAAGGGUCUGCGCCAUUUUAGCAAGCAGGUGUGUGACAAGGUGGCGGAAAAGGGCGUUACGACCUACAAUGAGGUCGCCGAUGAGCUAGCCUUGGACAUCAGGGCUACCAUGGAAGCCGAAGGCAACGAUAAACGCUCGUUUGACCAAAAGAACAUUCGGCGACGCGUGUACGACGCACUCAAUGUCUUGAUGGCGAUGGACAUCAUUGCCAAGGACAAGAAGCAAAUCAAAUGGCUUGGUAUUCCAACGUGCUUCCAAGAAGAAAAGGAAGAUCGAAACCUGGAGCUGCAAAAGCAGGUCGAUCAGGAGGAGCGCCGUCAAGCCGAAUUGAUGUCUUCCAUCAACCGCACCCGAGGAUUAAUCCGAGACAAGUUAGCACAACACUUGCAAUUGUGCAACCUGGUCUGGCGUAACUAUCACAACAACAAAGAGAGCGAACAGCAACAACAACAGCAAGCCGUCGUCGUCAAUGAUGAUCAUCUUGACAAUGACAGCAGCAAGGUGUCACUCCCGUUUUUCAUCGUCGCGUGUCCGACCCAGCAAGAUCUGACUGUGAACGUUGCUAGCGAUCGGUAAGUCAUUUACAAGCAUUUAAGUAGUAGCUAGUGAGCACUAACUCAUGUUUCUGACGACGAAACAAAUUGUAGUCGCAGUGCAGAGAUUUCGCAUGCUUCAAUGGACAGUGACGAUGACAGCAAGAACAACAACAACAACAACAACCGUCGCGUGGUGUACGAAGACGCGGAUGUGCUUCGGCAUUUGCACUUGAAUCGGAUCUCUUCCGAUCAACUGGCUGCCUGGCUUCCGGAUCCAGCAUUGCAGUCAUUCCUGUCCGUGCGUCACACCACCGAUUCAUCAACAUCUUCUAUUUAUAUUCAAUCCAGUGCCGACUUGUGCACAACCUCUGCAUCAUAACCUGGAGCUCCAACCCCAAAUAACAAAACCACCUCACAAAACAGAACGAAAAAACAACACACCACACACACAUUUGACACAAACCCGCCUUUCCCUUUUUCUAUAUUUCCAACAUUCCCCACUACUUUUUU